GUGUAAUUCAACCAUUAAUUGGGACACAAAUGUUCUUCAAAAUCUUUUAAAUCGACCAUGGUUGUAUAUAUUUAUGAUCCCAAAGAACGCGGAGAAACAGGAAGAGUCAAAGACAUCAGUCGGGUCGACCUGCGUGUUGGGAAAAUCCUCGACAUUCAGGAGCAUUUAUCAUUUCCAGCAAAGGGCUACAUGUGCCAAGUAGACACAGGUGAUGUGAUAACAUCACAAUAUAACAGAAUACCAUGGCAUCGUCUAAUUGCUGUACUGUUGGAUCCUCAAUACACAAUGAGAGAACUGUGGAAGAAAAUGGUGGUUGUGCUGUGCAACGUAAUACCAGGAUUUUCCCGGGGUAUCUACAUCAACGGGGUCUUACUCUGUGCCGAGCAAGGGGGCAAGAUAGAACUGCUAUCCCCCUCCACAACUACCAAACCUGGUGAUAAGAUUUACGUUGAGGGUUAUGGGAGAGGAACGGAAAAGAUUUUUUGCCCUGGCGAUUGGCGAAAUGAAACUAGAGAUUUCACAGAUAUGAACUUUGUACGGAUGUUUGAGGACAAUAUUGUGCCCAGUUUGAAAGUAGAUUCAGAGAGGAAAGUGCUGUAUAGAGACAUCCCCUUGAGAAUUGAAGGAAAAGAUGGGUUCAUCACAGCAGAGAGUUUAUCCGAUUGUCCUGUUACUCAUGUGCCGUACGAAGAGCCCCUAUAUCCAGGGCAGCGCUAGAUUAACACGUCAAAUAUCAAAGUUACAAUGACAUUAUUUGUGGAAUAGUUCUUACUGCAUAAGAAGUCCUUAAUUUUUUUAGUGUUAAAAAACCAAUGUGAUCAAUGUUAGUAAUUUCCGUCCUGAUACAGGAGUAUAUCCAGUCUAAAAAUCCCCAAGCCAUACCUACCACUUGAUAAAAGAAAUAUACCUCAAUAUUUUGAAACAGUUUGGUGGUAUCAGGUAAACUUAAUCAUUUAAACACAUUACUCAACUACAAAGCUUUGAUUAGGUACCUACAAAUAUAUUUGUAGAUUUACAAAUUAUAUGAUUGUUUUAUUACUACUUUA